GUACAUGUUUCCUUUGGCAGCCCGACCUCACCAAGGACCCCGGCAGGAGGGAGCUGCGAGAGGAGUUCGCAGGGCCCGGCACAGAGAGGCUCAGUUUGCCACUGAGCUGUGGGGGCCGCCUCAGCGUGCGUGGACACAAGGCCUCGGAGCAACACGUGCCAGCCGGGUACCCCUCCGGGAGUUUCCAGGAAUGGCGGAGCCUGCUCUUCGAACCAGCCGAGGAAGAGGAUCCAGGGCCGCCCUUCAUCCAAUCAGUUUCGAAGGUGACGUGCUGUUCCGAUGAUCGUUUUUUACCCGAUGCCGACCCUGUGGUCCUGGCAUUGAACUACCCCAAGACACUGAGCACCUGCGUCGCCGCUGGGCUCACUGCCCUGGGCUGUGAGAACCCGAAGAUCCUGGUCAUUGGCCUAGGCAGCGGCUCGGUGCCGGUUUGGCUGGCCAACAUCUUUCCGGACAGCCAGGUCGAUGUUGUGGAAUUAGAGGCCUCCGUGAUCCAGGCCGCCUGCGAGGUCUUGGGAUUUCCCGUGUCCCUGCCCGGCGCAGGCGCUCGAAACAAGUCCCCCCUGCGCCGGAACAUGUCGCACCAGCUGCGGGCCAUCCAGGGAGAUGGGGCUGAGCUGGCCGAGCAGUGGGCCGCAGACCCUGAGGGUCCUCGCUACGACGCCAUCCUCAUCGACGCCUACGACGCAUUGAACCGGGUGCCGGCGCCGCUGUGGGAGGAGAGUGGGCCGCUUUGCAAGGCGCUGCCCAAGCUGCUGAAGCCCCAAGCCGUGCUGGCUGUGCCUCGGUUGGUCGCUCCACGUUGCAUAGUUGGUGGUUUGUGCCUUUGA